AGAUAGAGACACAGAGAGAGUUUAGAGAGAGAGAGAGCCGUUAUUGGAAAAGAAGGGGUUCUAAAAAUUUAGGUUAUUAAGCAACGUAACGGGCCGGUCGGGACCGGCAAAGUGCGUCGCGAAAAAAAGCGAUGACGAAAACAGGAGCAGAGAAGAAGAGGGUUCGCAGAGCGGUUCAGAGCAGCAAAGACAUUAACGAUAUCCCCCUUAAGAAGCAAGCAAAGGUAAAGGAUGUGUUUCAGGUCUUUGCGGAAAAGGUGAGAGAGCAUAAGAAACUGGAAUCAAGAUGGGCUGUUUUAAGAGAGACAAGGGUUGAGUAUUUCCGAGGGAGAGACUUUUUUGCCUUCUUGAAGAACCAUCCAGAGCUCAAGGAUAUACUAGGCCCUGAGAAGAAUUUAGAAGUAGAAGAUAUUGCUAAUAUCUUACUCAGAAAGAAUCUUAUCGUGCGGUGUGAUCGUGUGGUAAAGACAGUUAGACCUGGGAAGAAGAAACUGUCAACCUGGCCGGCACAUUUGGAGAUCUAUUCUGAUCAAGUUUUUUCUGACAAUGAUGCCUUUUUUGCAUGGACCUUUGUAAAACGAAGACCACUCUGGCAGACAAUUCUUUCCUUCCUUGUGCCUGUGGUCACUCUGGCAUGUUGCUUGUUUCCAGUAUUCCCUCAUUGGUGCAAGCUGCUAGUUCUCUAUUUCUGUGUUGGGUUUCUGCUAUUUAUAUUUAGCAUGCUAUUUUUUAGGUGGGUCAUUUUUGGGACAAUAUGGAUUCUUUUUGGAAAACGUGUUUGGUUUUUCCCCAACAUUCUUGCUGAGGAAGCAACUUUCUCAGAGUUAUUCCAGUUUUGUCCGAGCAAAGAUGAGGAAGAAAGACCCAAAUGGACAUCAAGGCUUACGGUUGCUAUUGGAGCUGUUGUGGCCAUAUGGCUUCUCAGACGGCAUGCUCCUGAUGAAGCCGCGAGGUCCAGGUACCAGAAGCGGGUUUCUAACAUUAUUGACGAUGUUCUCGAGUGGUCGCCUAGACUGGCUCUGUCAGGUAUGAUGGAGAAGCAGCAGCCUCCAGUGUUUAAUGCCACCCAAACCAAUAGCUCUGGAGAUAGCACCAGCAUGGGAACAGAAGAUAAUGGCAAUCCUGAGAACCCAGUUAGUGAGGUCAAUUUAGAUGAACAUGGCACUGAAGAUAGUGAUGACCAAGAGGCUACUACUGCCUCAUGACGUUGAGCAGAACACUAUGAUAACAGCCAAAAGAGCUUAUACUUUGGUUUUUUACUGUAGAAGUGUAACCAAGUUAUUGGCAUCCAGAUCUCAUGAAUUUGUAAGUUGUACCCUUAAUAAAAUCUUCUCUCUUACAAAAAAAGAAAAAGGGGUUUGCUUUUCUCACAUUCUAUUGUUUUUAAUUCUGGUUAUGUAGUCGCAGAGGAUUGGUGAGUUUGAGAAUGGGAAGAAAUAUAUGGAUGGUUUUUUGCUUUAGAAA